CGCCGUAACACGUCAAAAUAUUUUUCAAGCUUUAACAGCAAUCUUUCUCCGUUAUAGAUUUUGCGCUAUAUACAAACUGUGGCAGAUCUGUCGCGUUUCUCUCUUUGAUGGAUUUUCUGGUCGAUUUGGAAUUGACUUUUCUUUCAAGAGAAAGACGCAUGUUGAAUCUGCGACACUCUGUAUAAUGCAAAACGCGAGAGACACUUUACAUAGCAAAGUUUCGCAAAUGUUUCGCAGGUCACAAACGAGGAGCGACAAUACAAACGUCGACGGCAAACGUCGCAAGACGCGCGAUUACUCUCUUUGGACGAGUUUACAGAUGAGCAAGAUUUGGUCGCAAGUGCACGACGCCUGCAAGAACGUUGUAAAACUCGCGGCGACGAGCAUCGGCCGUGUAGUGAGAGACGCAUCUAAAUCAGAAUGCUCGCAGAGAAAUCUCGUCCAAGUGACUGACGCGAGUCUCGUCAAAAGUUCGUCUUCGUGCGCCGACAAUAUAUGCGAAGAAAAGCGUGAUAAAAAUUUAAGCUCGAAGAAGGAAAGAGAAUCGGAGGUGCAUGGAGAACGCGAGAUCGGAGACACGAACGAAUAUCGCGACGAUGCGGAAGCAUCAAUGCGACAAAAUCCACGAGCCGUUACAUUUUCUCGCCACGAAAUGCGAGAGCAAGAGCAUCGAAACGCCAAAAAAGAGAAGAAUGAAAAAUGUUGUGUAUUUUACACAGGUAUGAUUAAUAGUGAUCAAUCCGCAUAUGUCUACCUGUUGCACUAAGCUAUCGAAAUUCAUAGCUUAUAUUUAACAGUCGAUAUUCCGCUUUUUACUUACAAAAUAUAUGUAAUAUUUUUUUAAGAACGUGUUGCUUUUUUUA